AUGGAACAACUAGAGCAUAAUCAAGCCGCCCUUCACGAAGAAGUAACUCAGUUGAAAGGUACUGUAGAUGAGAUUAAGGGAGGAAUGGCUCAGAUGUUGAGUUUCAUGAAGGACAUCAGGGAUGAACAGGAAAAGGCUAGGGAAGCUCGGAAUCAGUAUGAGGAAAUACCGAACGAUGGCAACCCGCUGUUAGGAUUUGUUCAGGGCUUCGACCCUCGCAAAUCAAAUGCUCACUCCUCUAAGAGAGUUACCAGAAUCCAUGAAGAGGGAGAAGGUUCCCAUGAAGGAUUCAUUCCCACCACUCAGAAAGAGGGGGCGCCUUGCACGGUUCGCAUCCCUGCUAACAUUCCACCUAAGGAUGAGGAUUACGUGGAUUUACAAUAUGGGGAGGCGGAUGAAACAAACCAGGAACCCCAACAUAAGCAAACCCAAUCUGAUUCUGAAGAAAGUGCUAGAAAUAGUGGACAAAUCAAGGCGCUAGAAGAAAGGCUGAAAGCAGUAGAAGGAUAUGAUGAAGGGGAAACCAAUGCAGUGGUGCACCAAGAAUCGAGACCUCCUAUGUCAUUCCCACCUCAACAAAACAGGUUCCAAGGUCCUCCAAGGAAAUUCGAUCCUUUGCCUACUUCCAGAAGUGAAAUACUAAAAUACUUGGUGAGCGAGUCAUUGGUAGAGCUCGGGCCUAUGCCACCUCCGCUUCCCGGAAAAGCUUCACCCAGGUUCAACCCUAAUGAAAGGUGCGAAUUUCAUGCUAAUUCCCCCGGACACACAUUGGAAAAGUGUUGGGCUUUCAGACACAAGGUUCAGGAUUUGAUAGAAUCAGGGGCAAUCGCCUUUGACAAACCUAAUGUGAAAACAAAUCCCAUGCCUCAUCAUGAUGGCACAGUCAAUACAAUCGAGGUCGUUACUAAGCAAGAGUUAGUUCAACAACGGAGCUCCCCCAUAGAUUCCCUUAAGAGGUAUCUACUAGCAAGGGGGUUCAUCCUGGAACAUAACGAGGCUUUUAAGGACACUCUGCAAAGGCUCAUGGAUCAAGGACUGAUUCAGCUGAAGGAACAUCUGGAAGAGGAAUAUGUGGCUAUGCUAGAAAGAAACGAGUCGUUGAUAAUACCCACCCAAGGGGCAAAGAAGCCAUUAAUUAUCCCCUAUUCUAAGGCACCGGUGAUAAUACCCACACAAGGGAACACUAGAAUAAUCCCUGUCAGAGCUCCAUACCCUAUGGACAAAAUGAAAGCAGUCCCUUGGGAAUACAAUUCUAGUACCAAUGUUGCCGUGUCAAACAUUAUCGGACCUGGGGGCAUGACUCGUAGCGGUCGUAUAUUCAAAACUACACAAUCUAAUGAGAACUUGGCGCCAGCCAGUAAUCGGACUGCCGCAACACCAACUGAAGAAGGCUCUCCCAAGGAUAAGGCAGCCGCUAAUAAGGAUGCUGAAGAAUUCUUAGCAUUAAUCAAGAAGAGUGAUUAUAGAGUGGUGGACCAGUUACAACAAACACCAUCUAAAAUAUCGCUCCUCUCAUUACUGGUACACUCCGAGAAGCAUCGAGACGCCUUGAUGAAAAUCCUGAAUGCUGCCCAUGUGACUAAAGACAUCACUGUGAACCAAUUCGAUGGAAUGGUGGCUAACCUCACGGCCGGGGCAUGUCUGGGGUUCAGUGAUCAUGAACUACCUCCACAAGGGAAGGAGCAUAACAAAGCCUUGCACAUCUCUAUACAAUGUGGGAAAGCUCACCUAUCAAGGGUUCUGAUUGAUACAGGCUCGUCACUAAAUGUGAUGCCAAAAGCUACCCUCGAUAAAAUAGAUUUGGAAGGCCUAGUGGUUAGACCAAGUCGUCUAGUGGUUAAUGCCAUCGAUGGAUCACAAAGCCCAGUGUUCGGAGAAGUAGACCUCCCUGUUGUAGUCGGCCCUCAUACUUUCUGCAUCAAUUUCCAAGUAAUGGAGAUUGAACCUGCUUACACCUGCUUAUUGGGACGUCCCUGGAUUCAUGCUGCUGGGGCAGUUACCUCUACUCUGCAUCAGAAAGUAAAAUUUGUGGAUGGAAACUCUAUAGUGAUCGUCAAUGGGGAGGAAGAUAUAUUUGUUAGCAAUCUGGACUCGUACCGAUACAUCGAGGCUAGAGAAGGGGCAUUAGAGACUUCGUUCCAAGCACUAGAGAUCGCAACUGUUGUCACGCUACCAAUCGAGAAAAUACGAAGGACGGUAACAUCCUGGAGAGAUUUGCAAGACAUUAAAAUGGAAGGAUGGGGCAAGAUUCCAGAAGUGCAAGAGAAAAGAGAUCGUCUGGUGUUAGGAUGUCAACAAACAAAGAAGGCUGCAAAGGAAGAGCAACGAUUCCCUCCGAUCGUGCAAACUUUCGUCACAGGCGGAUACGAGCAUGUAUCCAUGAUAUCUAGCAUGGAGGGUACAUCCAAUUUCAUCCGAAUGAUCAGACCAGGAGAACAGCUCCAAAAUUGGACAAGCCUGGAGAUACCAGAGAUAGUUUAUAUUUCAAAGUAA